AUGCGGGUCCCACUCCCGUUCGGUGUCCGCACGGUGACCACGCCGCGGGGCACGCACGGCAUCCACCGCCUGGACCAACUGCAGGACGGCGCCUGUUACCUCUGCUCCGAUCACCGCCGCGCCAAACCCGUGGACAUGGGGCUGGUGGGCCGACGCCCGGCGGUCUGGCACCCCCACCACCACCACCGCCACACCCCCCAGGCCCAAAGACCCGACGGCGGGGCCCCUGCGGGGCCCGGCGCCCCCUCCCGGCAGAGGCGGGUGCUGCUGGUGAAGAACAGCGAGCCGGGGCGGAGGCGCAGCAUGGUGCUGGGCCGCCGCUCGGCCCGCAGCCUCCGGGCCUUCCUGGAGGAGGCGUCGGACACCCUGCAGUUCCACGUGCGCCGGCUGUACACGGCCGAGGGCCGCAAGAUCGACAGUGUACAGAGCCUGAUGACGUGCCCUGGCCUCCUGGUGUGUGUGGGCCGGGAGCCCUUCAGCCCGCUGCUGGUGGACUUCCUCAGGAAGAGCUCUGAGGAAAGACUACCAGGCCUGGGCUUGAGGUCCCCCGCCCUGGGCCCCAGGACCCCAGGGCACGGGGCCCGAUCCCCGGCCACGCAGGGAGUCCGCUCGCCUCUCCAUGGAGCUCGCUCUAGAGGCAGCGAGUACAGUGAGGGCCGGGACAGCAGGAAGAACGUCAACUUUGGCCUGGAGACUAAGAAGAGCAUCAUCCACCCCCGGUCGGACUCCUCCACCCGCUCCACACGCUUCUCCCUGUCCUCAGAGAAGUCCUACACCAACGGACUCACUUCCUGCCCCCACUCCCACCCCCGGCCGGCCAUCAUGAACGACGACAUCGAGAAGCGUGUCAUGGUCAACAAGGACGGCAGCCUAUCGGUGGAGAUGAAAGUGCGCUUCCGCCUCCAUACCGAGGACACCCUGCAGUGGUCGACGCAGAUUAAGAAGUCUCCCUCCCUGACCAACGACUGCUGUGCGUCCAGGGAGGGUCCUCCCUGCUUCCUGCAGCAGGGCCUCUCCGAGACCUGCUCAAACCCUGACUCCGGCUCAUGUGAUCCAGAGGCCACCAAUAUGUACGCCAACGCUUCCCUCGAGCACCCCCUUGAGGCGAACUGCCCAUGCUGCCACCAGACACGAGAGCAGCUGUACGACCUGUGGGAGAAUCCUGCGCACAGCAACAAGCAUGCUCCCAAACCGCCUAUCGACAGCUCCAGGCCCACCCACGCCAGGGUGCGACAAAUCCACUCAUCAAGCUCCUCCUCCUCCUGUCACUCUCGCCGGGUGGUUUGCCAGCGAUCGAGGCUCUCCAGCUCCCACGGGGGCUCAGGUCUGGAGCAGGCUCGGGUGGAGGUCCAGGAGGAGCUGUGCGUGAUGGAGGAGGUGUGCACCGUCAGUCGCUGCUGCAGCAGCUCCGGGGCGGCCAGAGGCGAUGCCGGUAGCUCCCAGCCCCACAGCAGCCAGUCCACCAAGGAUGACUGGUGCGACCAAGACGAUUUGGAGCUGACACUCUCGGAUGGUGAUGAUGAUCGUCCACCGUCCUUGGUCAGCAACUCCUCCCACGUUCUGCAGGUGCUGCAGGAGAACCAGGAUGAGGAGGAUGAGGAACUACCACCCAGUGUUUCCCAGUGCUGCCAAUGUGAGCAGUCGCCAACCCCGGCUCCCCUCAUGCUGCAGAAAGGGGAAGACGGCGGCAGCAGAGCCUCGUCCUGUCACUGUGGAGGGGUAACCCCACACUCCUUGGCCCAGGAGGGGGGGAAUGACCGAGCUGUCAGUUCCAUGUCCAAAACAAGCAAGCUGUCUUGCAGGUCCAGCAAGUCCAAGACCCCAUGUCAAAAUGAUACUAAUGAUCGACAGGAAGAUGUGCAGGAUAGCGUUAUGAGUAGCCUGUCCAGCAACAACGGGCUCCCAGGUUACGAUGUCCGAUCCAACCAAUCCAGUGCAUGCUCUCACUGCGGAGGCUCCAUGGGAACAACAACCACGCCCGGCCCACGUCACCCAGACCAAGGUGAAAAUCGUGGGGGCAGCGGAGAUGAGCGGGCUCCCAGCCAGAUGUCGGAGAGCUCUAGGGAAGGUUCUGGGGAAUCUCUCCACUCCAACAAGUCCAACCUCACCCACCACGACUGCACCUCAGUGAUGUCCAAUAUUCCAGAGGAGCGAGGUGAGGGUGCUAUUUCCAAAGCAGCAGACAGUCAAGAGAGGGCGGUGAGUGUUGAGUCCAGCAAAUCUCACAAGUCAGACGUGGAGGACAGAGGAUGUCCUAGUGCCAGGUCUGCCAAGUCAAACAUGUGCAGCCGCUCCUGCAGUUCCCAUAACUCCAUGAAGAAGGCAGACGAAAGCGUUGACAGUGCGUCAUCUGGUCAGUUGCCAACAUCGCAUCAUAAUGGGACAGCAGAAGGAGAGUAUGAGGGCGUUUCAGAAAGAGCAGCGAGUCCCCUAUCUGCUAAAUCUGAAUACUCUGCUAAGUCCAGAAUAUCGCAUGGCUCUCUGACCUCUACAGGUUUUGCUCAGCAGAUUGAUAGCACCCCUCAUGAUGGGGGAAAUGAAGAGGAAGAGGAAAUGGAAACAGUAAGACCCAUCAGCGCCUUGUCUGUCGUGUCGGGCAAAUCAGGUGUUUCGGCAAAGUCAACCAAAUCUCAGUGUAGUCACUGUUCAAAAGUGGCGACUCCAGAUCCAGAAGAGGCUGAAGAUGCAGAAGAGCAGGCAAAUAGAGAGGAGAACGGUGAGCGAGCAGUUAGUGCCCUGUCAACAAGAUCCCAUCUAUCAGUCAAAUCAAGUAAAUCCAUUAUCAGAAGCUCAACCAGAGCUUCUGAUAGGUCACCUUCCCCCAAACCCGGAGAUGUGGAAAAUGAAUCUGAGAGAGCGAGCAGUGCUGUGUCUGCCAAAUCUGUGAAAUCCUUUGCCUCUGUCUCUAACAAGCCUGCAAAAUCAUGCAAGCCUCACAGUAACAACUGUUCAAGGACUCAUACUCCCUGCUCACAGGUAGAAGUUAAAGCAGAAGGAAUGGAAGACGGGGCAGCGGAGGAGAACGGUGCAAGGUCAGAAAGUGUAAUGUCCUCUAAAUCUGCAAAAUCUGCAAAAUCAGCCCAAUCAUCUCAGUUGGAAAGGUCAAUUUGUGCGCAGGCACAAAUUGACGAGGUAGGGGCAGCCGUAACAAACAACUCUAACAGAGCUGCACACAGAGCAGCUAGUGCCAUGUCUGUUAAAUCGGCGACUUCCAUUCGAUCCAGCAAUUUGCUGAAAUCUAACUCUGACGGUGAUACAGACGCAGCCAUCAAAACAGAAUUAGAAACCGAAACAUGCGAUGGGGCCGAGGCAGAAGAAGGCAAUGAUGAGAGGGUUGGCAGUGCGUUGUCUGUUAGAUCAGCCUGUUCUAGCAGGUGUCACAAAUCGAUUUGCGCGAUCCAUUUAACAGCAGAAUCUCCAGCAGGGGUCACAACUGACAAUGUGGCAGACAGGAGCCCUACUGCCGCGUCAGUGACCAGCGGCAAGUCUAACAAAUCACACAAGUCAAGUUCCAGAAUUGUUUUAAAAGCAGCUGUCUUCGCUGAUAUUUUUACAAACAGAGUUGAGAACCCAAAUGAAAAAUGGUUGGAGGAUGAGGACAAACAGCCAGCAGAAAAUGGUCUGAUGCCAGUUGGAGACGAUGAGAUGGUGGGCAAGGCAAUGUCUGCUGUCGGUAGAUUUUCAGAACGGUCAGGCAGGUCAAAAUGUUUAACGUCGAAAUGUAGAAAGUGUGCAAAGGCAAUAACGACCUGUAAUAAAACACCAGAUAUUGUCAAUGUGAAGACACCAGAAGGGGACAACGAAGAAAGUAACAAUCGAUCGGCAAGUGCAAUUUCGGCCACAAAAGAGUCCCUUUGCAAUGCGGCUGCUGACCUUCCAAGUAUUGCAGUGGCAGAUGAUCAGGAAGACCAGAUUGAACAGCGUCCUGCCAGUACUAAAUCAUCUAAAACUGGAUCCACAGCCAAUUGCGGCGAAGGGAGAUCAAACGGCGUCCUUUCUUGGCUCACUAAAUCUGCCAGAAGCCCAUCACCCUUCACGACACCCACCCCCCGAUCCCCCACCAUGUCUGUCCGAUCCAAGGCCUCUACACAGUCAAGGUGCCACUGCGGCGCUGCUUCCAGAACCCAGAAAAGAGAGGAAGAAAAUAACAGAGUAGAGGGUGGGGAGGAAGGUGAAACAAUGGAGGACAAGGAACCCUCAGAGCAGGCGCCCAGCGUUCACUCAACAAACUCCAAAAGACAAAGGAUCAAUUCAGGGGACACUGAGGAACUCCUGAGUCGAGAUUCAUUUGGGUCUGUCUCUCUGGUGUUACCAGAAGAGGAACAGGGAGACUCAGACGGUGGGGAGUCCCACAUCUCCUCUCACACAAAUCCAGCCAACGCCACUAAUGCUGAAAGAAUGGAUGAGUCUGCAGUGAAACACACAGUGGAUUUGGAGGACAUGGCAAACCCUCUGCCCCCCAUUCAAAGUCAACCAGACAUAACGAUUGACACACCUGGACAGAGCGUACACAGUGAGAAGGAUGAAGAGCCAGCAACAGACAUGUCCCCCACUGCUCCUUCGUCCAGGAGCAAUCUUUCUGUGAAAGGCACUAAACCGAAGGAGUCAGAAAGAGUGAAGACACAUCACCUUGAGCCCUCUGUCAAACGCUCUACAUCUGCAAUGUCAGCAGCAAGCGGUAACGCUCGGAGCAAAACCCCCUCCCGAGCGAACGAGGCACACAGUAAGGAUGACAACAAGCCUUGUGUGAUAUCCAGGACUCCUAGCCGUCUCAGAACGAACUCGGCAGCAUCUACUUGCUCCAACGCAAAAGCAAAAGCCACAACCGCAAAAUCCAACCUAAGCUCUUCUACUCCGGGGCAAAAAGGAAGCAAAACAUCUGAUGUCUGCAGCGUGAAAUCAACGAGCAGCGCAAGGUCGAAGGAGGGGUCCUUCCAGCCGACGGCACAGAUGAUGAAAUCCGACGACGACGCCCUCUGUCGCUCCUCGUCUGCCGCCGACCUGCUCAGAGAGGCCUUAGCAUCCGCUAGGCUAGUCAGCCGGCAGUCGAGCGGAAGGGACAAAAGCAGGAGCACUAAAACCGGAUGCCAAAUAAACAGGACGCAGGAGGAGGAGGAGGAGGGAGGAGAGCUGACCCCCGCCUUGCUUCCCAACGCCUCCCCCAACGAGGUGGUCAGCGACUGGCUCCGGAGCAUCCCGACCGACGGCUGCCUGUCUGUGGACAGGGAGGAGAUGGGCGACAGGGGAGGAGAGGAGGAGGAGGAAGAAACUUCCACGAGAGAAAAAGAAAGUCCUGAAGAUCAGAAGGUCAAUGAGGUUGCAGAGACCCCAGAAAAAGGGGUUGAAGUAGAGGAGGAAGAGGAUGAGAAAAUGCAAGGGGACGAGGAAGCAGAGCAAGACAAAGAAGAAGUGUCUGACUCAGGACUGACCCACGCUGUGGAUGAGGUCACAUCCUCCGAUCACAAGGCUAUGUUCCAACACAGCGUCUCGAUGUCCAGGAACUGUAACUCCUCCGUUGCGGUGAUGAAGGUGCUGCUAAGCCCCAGCCUAGGAAGAUCUAACAGCCUACCGGAGGUAUCUCCGGUGUACGGCCGCAAGCUGAGCACCUCGGCCAAGGGUCUGCUGGACUGCUUGGCCCAGCUGCAGCUGAUCCAGCCCCUGGUACCCGACCCGGCCUGCGAGGUGCACAAGGACCACCGGGAGCGCUACAAUGAAGUCAUGAGCAUCCUCCAGUCCCUGUGGCUCACCGAGCCCAGGGACCUGCCAAAGGACCAGAUCACCCCUUCGCGGUCCUCCUCCGGCGUAGAGGUGGGGAGCGGCUCGGGGGAAUCGGGCAAGGACAACAAUGUCGGAGGAAGAGGAGCUGAAGGUCUGGCGAAGGAUGCAGCGGAAUCUGUGCUCGGGGAAGAGGAGGCUGAUGCAGGGGAAGGAGAACAUGAUGCAGAGGGUGAAGGGACCGUUGGGACCCCAACGCCCCGGGAAACAUCCCAGAGGCCCGAAGCGGAGGCUGCCGAGAGCCCCUCGUCCAGCAAGGACGAUGGGCCCGAGGACGCCACCACUGACCCCACGCCCCCCUCCUCAUCGGACAAGUCCAGCUUGGCGGUGGGCGGCUCCAAGUCCCCGACGGACAACGAGCAUGAGACAGCGGCUGAGAGCUCCGGAUCGGGCACACAGCGCACGGCGCCGCCCCCGGUGCUUGCUGAACGCGCCACGGCCGCGGACCCGGACCCCACCUGGGCGCUGCACCUGCUCCGGAAGCUGGAGAAGCAGUUCAUGAGCCACUACAUGGCGGCCAUGGUGGAGUUCAAGGCGCGCUGGGACCUGGAGGACAACGUGCUGCUGGACACCAUGAUCGCAGAGCUCCGCGACGAGGUGGGCCGGCGCAUCCAGAGCAGCGUGGGCCGCGAGCUGAAAAAGAUCCAGGGCCGGGCCGGGCGGGGCGGGCGGACCCCCAGGCCCCCGGUAGGGACCCUCUCCCGAGAGUCCACAAUGACGGAGAGGAGGAGGCAGAUGUUGAAGGUCAUGAAGAACCAGCCGAAGACGGCCGACUCCCUCAGCGACGGUGAGAAGUUCAGUGACGAGCGCAGUGACGACGAGUACUGCCCGUGCGACGCAUGCGUGCGCAAGAAGCUGGCCGCGCGGCCGGCCAGGACCCCGCCCACGCCAGCCACGCCCGCGCCACUCAGGAUGGACUUUGACCUCCGCAAGAUCCUCCAGCUGAGGAGGGACCCAGAAACCGAUGCCCUGGCCCCCAGGGCCAUGCCCUCACCCUUGCAGGGGCACCCUUCAGUGGGCGACAGCGACGGUGCCGGGGCACUGGAGCUGGAGGGGGAGGACAACAACCUGGAGGUUGUCCAGGAGGAGGAGGAGGAGAAAGAGGAGGAGCUGAAGAUGGAGAUGGAGACGGAGAUGGUAGAGACGAUUCCUGAGGAAGAAGAAGAAGAGGAGGAGUUGGAGGCAGAGGAGGAGGAAACAGGAAAAGGAGGAGAGGGAGAGAAUGAAAUAGGGGCUGUCGACGAUGAAGGUGAUGGGGCUUGGGAAGGAAACGCUGUACAGGGGACAGGAAGUACAGGAGGAGGGGAAGUUGAGGAGGAUGAACAGCAGGCGGGCGAGUGUGGUGGCCAGUGCCAGGGGGACGUAGAGGAGAAGGAAGAAGGAGAGGAGGAGAGGGUAGAAGCAGAGGAGGAGAAGGUAGAGCAGGAGGAGAGCGAAGAGGCAGAGAAGGUGGAGGAGGAGAGGGUCGAGGCGGAGGAGGUAGAAGAGGUAAGAGAUGGGGAGGAGGGGGAGGACGGAGGCGAGGUAACGAAACCUGAUGAAGGCGAUGAGAGUGGAAAAACAUCAGAGCAACAGGAAGGAGACGAUGAAGAGGAAAAUGAAGAGGAGGAGGAGGAAGAAAUCUGCCAAGAGUGCAUGGUCUCCGACUCCAAGCCCGAGGAGGAAGCAGAGAUGACAGAGAAGAAGGAGAGCAGGGAGGGAGAGGAAGAGGAGGAGGCAUCAGAGGAAGUGACGUCAGAUGAAGUGGUGGCGAGUGGCGAGGAGCCCACCACCGUGGAGGAGGAGCAGCAGCUCAUUGGAGUAGCCCAGGAGGAAGGUGACGAUGAGGGCAGAGAAGAUUCCCCUGUUGAGGUCAACACGGAAGAGGAGAAGGAAGGAGGAGAGGAGGAAGAGUCGGCGCGAGCAGUGACUCCGACGGUGUGCGUGAUGAUGGGAGAGGAGGCGGAUGGCGAGGACUUGGGCGGUAAGACGAGGCAGCCAGAGAGCAACGAUGCGUCGGAAGCGGGCGGAGCAAACGACAUUAGUGAUGCAGAGAAGGAGGAGGAGAAGGAGGCGGGGGCAAUCCAGCGCCUCCCCCAGCAAGUCACCCGCAGCUCGGUGGAGUCCCAGCCGGGCUCCAUGGAGGACCUUGUCUCCCCUCCUCCCGCCUCCUCCACCCACACCGGCCCCAAGCCGGUCGCAGCCCCAAAGCCGAUUGUGGCCCCCAAGCCGGUCGUGGCCCCCAAGCCACGGCCCCCCGACGGAGUGUCCGGGGGUGUGGGGGUCAGCGGCCGCGGCCAAAGGAGAAGCCGCUCCCCGGCACGGGUCAAGCGAAGCAAGCCGAGGGAGGGCGACGUGGAGCUGGACGACCUCUAGACCCGGACCCCCUCAAAUCCCCUCAGACCCCCAGCCCCACCACCACCCCCUCCCAGAACCGCCCCCCCUCCCCUGCCGAGGAAAAUUCUGACCUGUAGGAGAUGUUUAGGGCCAACAAACUGAUCAGCCCUGACUCCCCCGAACCCCUCUCCUGAAGAAAUACUUCAACAAACACUGAAAGCACUUAAUCCCCGCAGAAGGAGCCCGUCCAGAGACUGGGUGUGGGCUCACAGAUGAUACACUCUUGAGACGUUGGCUCAGUGAUUCUUGGGGAUUACUGCAGCGACCACGGUUGUUCAGAAGGGUGAAGCUGAAACACUUGAAAUCCUAAUUUAUUCACACGAUAGAUUCAUUGUCAUAUUCAUAUAGCAAAUGGCAAAGGCCUACUAUACUUUUAUUUGUAUAUUUUAGAAGAAAAUCGUAUUCUAACACCAAUAUUUUCAAGAUGUGAGUCUACUUCUUACAGCCUACUGGUGCUUUGGACAAUGACAGAAGAAAAGAUUGGGUGUUUAUUAUUAAAUAUGUACAUUACUCGGUCUACCUUGUGCGUCAAACUGUUUAACAGAAUCGUGUUUUUUGUUUGUUCUGGCCAGUCCGUCUACAGGGUGUGAAUGUAUCUACAGGGUGUGAAUGUAUCACUUUGCCAUAAACAGACUUUCCUCAAGGGAACCAAAGGUGCUAGCAUUUACCGCUGAGGAAAAGUUGGAGGAAAGUCUUUGUAACUGAGCAUCACUUGGGUAUUUGCUGUAUUUUGUGUGCAGUUUGUCCUGAUAACGUUAAUAACGCUCUUGGAACUGAAACAUACUUUGAAACCAGAUCAUUACAACUGCCACAAACUUUGCACAUUCCCCAGAGAAACAAAUUCCCUUAAUGUGCUCUAUUACAGAUUUCUAUAGCCUACAGAUAACGAUUCAAUGAGUUGUACUUUGGUAUCAAACACAGUUACUUAAAAUAGCACCGUCUUCACAUAGUUGCCCAAAUUAGUUUGCGUGUGUGACUGGACUGUUUAUCCUGUGUGCAGCGCGGGUGGGAACCGUUUUCUGUGAGGGCAAGAGCCUCGACGUCUCCGGGGUUAGGAGAGCGUGUGA